AUCGGUGGUACAAUCGGAUGAUCUCGAGCGGGCGGAGCUUUGUACGAGGAAAUGGCUCAGUUGGCUGACAGCCCCGAAGAAAACCGGCGAGCUGCAUCUCCACCCGGCACUUUCCCACUGCCAUCAGUUUAACGCCGCUUUUACACGAUAAACCAGCCGGACAUUCACCGACACGCAAUCAGCGUCAGAAGGAACAAACUCCUGAAUGCUUCAAUCUUGAACGCUGAAGUCGGAGAUUAGCGCGUCUUGCUGCGGAAUGGAAACACAGAUUCAUGUGCCCGUCGGUUCCCCGGUUAUCCGAAAAAUCCCGGUUUUCGUGGACGAGCACGACGUGACGGAGGGGGCGAUGAAGCUUAUCAAGGAGCUGAGGCCGGCGUGGGACAGCGGCAGCGUCAAGACCAAGUUCUUCACCGAUGGAACCACCAACAAGCUGGUUGGCUGCUACGUGGAUGAGAGUCCGGAGGACGUGGUCCUGGUCCGGGUGUACGGAAACAAGACGGAGCUGAUUGUGGACAGAGAUAAUGAGCUCAAAAGCUUUCAGGUGCUGCAUGCUAACCACUGCGCGCCCCGCCUCUACUGCAGCUUUCAAAACGGCAUCUGCUAUGAGUUCAUGCAGGGAGACGCUCUGGGCCCGCAGGACGUCCGGGAUCCAACCUUACUCAGACUAAUAGCUCGGGAAAUGGCUCGUAUCCAUGCCAUCCACGCCCACAACGGCUGCAUUCCCAAACCCAGCCUUUGGAUGACCAUGAGGAAGUACUUCUCCCUUUUGGCCACAGAGUUCACCGAGCAGGCCUCCAACUCCAGAAUCCAGCAGCGGGUUCCCAGCAAGGCGGUGCUGGAGGAGGAGAUGGUGUGGAUGAAGGAGCAUCUGUCCACGCUGGGAUCGCCUGUGGUGCUGUGCCACAACGACCUGCUCUGCAAGAACAUCAUCUACAACAGCAAAGAAGGUCACGUGCGCUUCAUAGACUAUGAGUAUUCCAGCUACAACUACCAGGCCUUCGACAUUGGAAACCACUUCAACGAAUUUGCAGGCAUGGCGGAGCUGGACUACGGACUCUACCCGAGUCGGGAGAUGCAGAUGGUUUGGCUGAAGGAGUACCUGAUGGCGUACAAGCUGUUCACCAAGAAAAGCGAGGAGGUCAGCCCCCGAGAGCUGGAGACGCUCUACGUUCAGGUCAACAAGUUUGCUCUGGCCUCUCACUUCUUCUGGGGGUUCUGGGCUCUGAUCCAAGCCAAAUACUCCUCCAUCGACUUUGACUUUCUCGGGUACGCUGUGCUGCGCUUUGACCAGUACUUCAAGACCAAACCUGAGCUGAUGGCGCUGCAGAUUCCAGAGUGAUCGGAGCCGGGGGGGCCUCAGAGCGGCUGCAGCAGGAAACCCUGGAGCCUCCUGCGGGACGGACUCCUCUGUCCGUUCAUGGACCACGGCUUGGUGUGCCUGGCACCUUCUUUCCUUCCUCCUUCAUUCCUCCAGCCAGCCCGACCUCUGCAGCCUUUUCAGUUUAUGUGGAGAAGAGCCGGUUUUUCAGUCAUGAGGGAGAAAGUUCCUCCCUCUAUCAGCUGAAAGGUCGCUGCUCUUUUUCUUCCGUUUUUCUGCGAGCCCGACUGAUCUGCAUCACUGAUUGAAGUUUGCGUGUCCUGCUCGCCGUAGAGGCGACAGACGGCUGCUUUUCCACCCUCCUGACUUUUACGGUUACAGCGCUUCGCUCUGUUAAGUUUCCAUUAACAUUUUGGAGGCUCUUGGAAAAUCGUGACCUCACUUCACCUCCUCUUCUUCUCCAUCCUGGACAUUAAAGCUUCUCCAUCUGUGGGACAGAUGGAGAAGCUUUAAUGUCCGACAUUUCUUUAGUUUUUCCCGAAGCCUCCUUGCUUUUUGGAGCAAAUCAUAGCUUGAGAUGGGGAGAAAGCAGGAGGUCCGGCAUCAGCAUUUCCAGAAAAAUGACUGACCUCACUUAGUUUCAAGCUUAAACUUUUUUAAAAAUAGAAGAAUGUUCUUAAGGCAGCCUUUUAUUGUCUUCUUUUGUAUUAUUUAUGCCUCCAUCCCCUCUUUGAGCCAUAAAACACUCAUAGCUGAUGCUUAUCAACAGCUUUCUUAUCUCCCGGUUCGUCUGAAGUCGGCGUCGUUAAAAGUGGGCGGGGCUUUUAUCGUUGUCCCACAGUGUUGGCGCAGAAAACACAACCAUCGUGGGAGAUGUUCGUGUGGAGGUUUGAGGAUUUCCACGGUCAUGAAAGCUCCUGUUUGGGGAGCAAGAAAAGCACUUUGAAGCCAAAAAGGGGCAAUGGAGACAGAGAAAAUGAUAAAUGUGACAAGUCCAGACCCGGACUGAACUUGCACUCCCUAGAAACACUGCCUGACAUUCAAAAAAUUAUAGAUUAAUUCCUCAAAUUAGGUAUUUGUGGCCACAAAUUAGUAUUUUGUGCACAUAAGUUAGCGUUUUAUUAAAUGCUAAGUAAAUACCAGAAAUAGUAUUUUAGAAUCUUCAAUUACUUCUUAUUUGUGGCCACAGAAUAUUUCUUUGUGUGCACAAAAUGCUCAUUUGUGGAAAAGAAAUACAAAAUUCUGGACAUAAAAUGCUAAUUUGUGCCUAGAAAAUGCUUGUUUCCACAAAAUGCUAAUUCAAAUGGUUUUUUUUUUAAUGUCAUGUCCAGGGCUCCAUACUUGAAGGUUCACAAAAUAAAACACUUUGCGUCCACAUGUCUGAAACACAUCGGUUUGACUCCACUCUGGAACUAAAUUGGGAAAUAUACUGAAAAUUCUGCAGACUUCCCAGUUAAAUCAUUGGGAAAGUUGCACUGAGAGGAGAUGCUCGUGCACACUCCUCAGACAGCUUUCCAAAAAUAAAAAUACAUGAAUUGAACAACUUUUUUAAAGGAAAAACACUUUUUUUUUAUUCCCCAAAUGCAAAAAUCUCCAAAAGAUUUUAGCAAAGAUGACGGGACACGGCAUUGCUGUUGGCUGCUUUAAUGUAGAUUCAGAAGGAAAUAAUAAACAGAGUUUGAGCUUGAAAAGAAUAAUGAUGGGAUGAAAUUGGACUUUUUAGGGCUGGAAGAGAUGAGACUGAACCCACAGCAAAGCAGACACUCGAAUUCUUUCUGAGCUGGAGUCCAGCAGUAGACGUUUGUGAUAAGAAUUCAUUCUAAAGUUCAGAAAAUAUUAAAUUCAGAAGAAACACCGAAACAGUUUUGAUAAAAACUCCUGGAAUUUUCAAAAUAAGACGUUUCUGGCAAGAUAAAGCAGCAUAUUUCUUGAAAAUGUUCGUUAUUUGUGUAGUUUUUUUUUUAUGUGUGGGCUGCUGCACGCAGGCUGUGAGAAGAUCCAACCACUCUGGGAUUCAAAGCAGAUAAUUUAUUGAUUCUUAAUGUCACAUAUCCACUUUUAUUUUCUAAAAUAGUUUGCUUCAGAGAUUGCGUUGCAGUUCAUUUGAUAUUUAACUCUUUUGUGUGUGAUUGAGUGAGUGAGAGUGUGAAUGUAUUAAUGUAAUUAUAAAACCUUGUUGAGAACAGUUUUUUUUUCUUUGUAAGCUUAUAUUUAAUUUCUGUAAAUGCUUUUUGACUUGAACUGUUAGCCGCUGAGUUGAAAGAUGCCGUGUCAGCAGAUGUGACUCUUCGGCUCAAAGGGGAUGGAGGAUGUAAAUACUGUAAGAAAAACUGUGAAAAGCUGACUGUACAGUGAUCUGUAACACCUGUAGCAGUGGAAAGGAGAGUUAUUUAACAUUUGUCGGUAAAUAUUUCCAAUAAAGAGAAAGAAAUGAUUUUAAGCA